AUGGCUGGCACGCCACCAGGGCUCUACGCCCCCCCUGGGGCCUUCUACCAGGCCCCUCCCGUGGCGCCCCCAGCUUGGUCGCCCUCGCCCUGGACAUCCGAGUCCCUCGCCAACGCGUUCAGCACCGUCGCCCUCACCCCUCCGGCAAACUCCUCCGACUGGGUCAUCGACUCCGGUGCCUCCUCUCACAUUGCCUCCAAUCCCGGAUCUCCAUUCCCGGACAACUCUUCUUCGCUGUACCCCUGGGCGCUCUGGUUCCUUGUCCGCCUCACGGCUGACUGGAUCGGGCCCCCCAUCGCCUCGGCCGCCGCCACCAGGCUUCCCUACAGUGCCCACGACGCCUACGGCACCCGCCACGCCCGCGGUGCCCACGACGACGCGGCACCCGCCACGCCCGCAGCGUCCGCGGCGUCCACGACGCCCGCGCCGUCUGCCGUGCCCGCCACGCCCGCGGCGCCCCCGGCCCGGCCGCCCAUCAUCCACGUCUACACCCGACGCCCGCCCGUCGCCAGCACCCCUCCGGUUCUCACCACGGGGGCUGCUCCGCGCCGCUCCAGCAUCAUACCAACCCCACCGCGCUACAUCAAGCACGGUCCUCCAGUUCCUCCGGCGGCUGUUCCCAUCCCUCCGGUGCUCAACUCCCAUGGCAUGGCCACCCGCGGCAAGUCCGGGUACCGACAGCCUCGUCUCGCCCUUCUUACAGAGGCCCGGUCUCCGAUCCCGCGAUCCUGCCACGACGCCCUCACUGAUCCGCACUAG